AAAUGAACAUUGCACGUUGCCGUGUAUGAAACUCCUCUUUUUCUUCAAGUCUGGAGUUGAAUCUACUUAUCGCGUAUGCUUUAAAAAGAUUGCUCAUUAACUUCACCAGCAUGAGUUUUUCAGAGGAUUCCAAAUCUGAAGAUAUAGAACAGGAUGGCUUUGAAAUGAAGAACAACUUCGAAAACAAAAACGAUGAUUUGACAAAAAUCACUGCAGCGGAGUCUAAAGACAAAUCCAAAGGUGGACGAAGUCAGUCGCUGCCACGAGAAGUUCGGGUACGAGAAGGUACCAGAAAUAGAACUUCGGGCGCAGAAAGAACUGGUGAUGGCCACAGUAUUACGGAGACCAGUUCUAAUUCGGAUUAUUCAUCAAACGAAAGGCCUUGCGAUGAAAAACAUCAAGCUCAACAACCAAAAUCCUCUCCAAAACCAACAGCAUCUGUCGAUUAUACACAGUAUAAAAGAGUCGAAAGAGAAACGGCGAGCAAGCCUACGCCAGACAGAAAUUUAUCAAAUAUCUUAAUGGCUGGCGUGGCUUUCGCUGUAAUUUUGCUUUUACUGCACUGCUAUCCACACAUAAUUCAGCUGCUCCCAAGUCCAGAGCCACCGAAACGUCUGAGUGAAAUAAAAAGUCUAUAUCCGAUUGAGAAUGAUGAUCACUAUUUCAAGCAAUUGACAGGCCUCAAACGAGAUUAUCUUUACACAGGUGACAUUUUGGUGCUAACUUUUGCCGGCUUCAUAUCGGGAAAAUCGGAAGAGCAGAAUAUCACGCAGUGGAAAUUUCGUAAAUUCAAAUCGGAAAUUAUCAAAUCAUUCUUGAACGCAACAUCGGAACCAAGAUCUAUUCUAGCUAAUGGAGACAUGAGCUCCAAGGAAUUUGAUGGAAAAAUCAAAAUUGCUCGAGGAUUCGAAAAUAAUCUUAUUUGGGUGGAAGAUUUUCUAAAAUUGCAAGCUAUGCCUCUUCAAUUAUUGAGGAAAUACACUGACGCUCAUGCUUUGAAUGCAGAGAAAGACACGCUGGUCGUUCUAUCUUUUGAAGUGGAAAAUGAAAAUGGUAAUUGGGAGUUAGAAGUCAGUGAUUACAUGCGCAAAGACUUUGGUCAGAAAUUCAUUCGUGAUGAAGUGGAGCCGUACUUAGCAAGGGUUGCACUCAAUAUUAUUGAGUAUCGCCCGCGUCCUGGUGAUUAGAUGAACAUGCAUGAAUAUGCUUGUACUUCGCUUGAUAAUUCCGUCUGCUGAAUCGAUUGUUGUUUUGUGAUAUAUUCGUCUGAAAACGCACACUUGAUUGUACAAACUAUUUGGGAUGUUAUAACUAUUUUCCCCCUUGUAACAAGCGGAGAUUAUAAGGUUCAAAAUUCGCAUAAGCUUAGCCCCUGAAUGAGUUAUUUUCAGAGUGAAAACUCUUUAUAUGUACUUUGGGGGCUGUUAACAUGAUAUACCGUUUGUCCCUGCCACAGGUGGAGUGAAUACGAGCAAAUAGUUUUUGAGGCGAUUCAUUUAGGAUUCAUUAGGCUAAAUCAAGUUCCUUUUAAUAUCCCUGAAAUUGCUCUGAAUAUAUCCUGCUUGAUGCGUGACCCAAUUAUUAUAUUUAUACAAUACCGUCUUGUUUUUCUAUCCGUUCGUUUCGCUCCAGGGGUGGAUCUAGGAUUUUCUCGAAGGUUGCAAUGACGGAUUUUUGAACAGUUUUCAACUAUUGACAUUUGUACAGGUCGACCAAAUUUUUGUUACAACCUUUGAACACUAUAACGACCCUGUUUUGACAAAUUUUUC